AUGUCAGACUCCGAUUCAACGAUCACGCAAUCGCCUAGACGCCUCCGAUGGGACCCGCGUUCAAUUUCACACGUCAUACUCGAACUAACCAACACAGUUACGGCUCUCGAAGCGACCUACCCAGAGGCGGUACACGAUCACGACUCACAGACCCUACGCUGGUCUGAAGACAUGGCCUGCUGGGACUAUAAAGUUGGCCAACUGGGAAAGAAGGUUAAAAAGGCGGCGAAAUGCUACCGGAAGUUGUCUAAUGAGAACAGGCUAUCCAGGAAUGACCCAGCGCUACGUUCGGAGUUGGCGGAGGCUUGGGCAAUGCUGGUAAUUCUGUUCAGCAAUAGAGCAAACCUCUAUAAUAUGGUGUGCAAAAGAGCAGUGAGGAGACCGACGGACGACGAUUUGAGAGUGUUGAGCACCCUUGAUUUCGUGCCGAAGCGGCAGAAUUUCAACAUCGUGGACUAUGAGGCUAUCCUGGCAGCAAUAAGGAUGGUUUGA